AUGACACCUGAAGAUGAACCAGUUAUUGAUGGACGACCUCUAAGUACUUUAAAGGUUAUCGAACUUCGUGAAGAACUGGGCAAGCGUGGUUUAUCAAAAAUUGGCAAUAAAAAUAUUUUAUUAGAUAUUCAGUUGACGGAGAUAAAAUAA